GAGCUCUUCAUCGCACUGGACACAGAACUAAUUCAAGUUUUCUUUGAAACUUGCUAAGGAUCAGGAUUUUAUUUUAUUUUUUUCCUGAAAGAGAACUAACAUAAUUUCGGAACUUGGUCACAGAACUUUUGGAUACCGAACAAUGAUUCAAGGGGUUUCUGAGAUCGCUGCAAUGUGCGUUGGCGUGAUGGGGUUGAUCGGUGCGGCAGCUACGACUGGCAUGCCCAUGUGGAAGGUGACGGCGUUCAUCGGAGAGAACAUUGUUGUGAUGGAAACUCGCUGGGAAGGCUUGUGGAUGAACUGCUUCAGACAGGCCAACAUCAGGAUGCAGUGCAAGGUGUAUGACUCCCUGUUGUACCUGCCUCCUGAGCUGCAGGCUGCCAGGGGUCUGAUGUGCUGUUCUGUGGCCUUGUCGGGCUUGGGGCUCUUGGUGGCUUUAGCAGGACUGAAAUGCAUAUCCUGCUUUCAAGGUAACAAAUGGCCCAAAACAAUUAUCCUCUUGGUUGCAGGAGCUAUGCAGUUAUUGGCCUGUAUCUGUGUCUUUAUACCUGUAUCGUGGACUGGUCAUGUCAUCAUAAGAGAUUUUUACAAUCCUUUGCUGAUUGAUGCCCAGAGGAGAGAGCUGGGAGAGGCUCUCUAUAUUGGUUGGGUGACUGGUGCUCUUCUGUUUGCUUCAGCGUUGUUGUUUCUCUGCCGACGCAUGCCCAAAGACAAAGGCUAUCUGGAUGUUUAUCAUCCUCUUAAAUUACUUAACUACAAACCAACAUCCAGCGGACCAGGUCUGACAAGUUAUCAUCCCAUUUCAAGUGUUCCCAGCAUCCAGUCAACUGGGCACCGGAAUCUUCCACAGAACAAUAACUUCGCUGGACAACAACUUGUAAUGCCGCUGCAAAACGUUCCAUAUGUAAUGACAAGCAAUGCAGCCCCGAUCAAUCCGUCCAUUAUUUACAGCACUGGUCCUCCGGACAAUGCGUCUUUGAUCUAUCAAGGCAACCUUGCCCAUCAUUCGUCAGUCAGGAGCUCUAACCACGCUGGGAGCAUAUACACUCCAGGCAACUCGCUGUACAUGACCCAAAACACCACUCCAUAUCCAACAGCGUACACUGGAAAUCCCACUGCAUCCUACCAGUCUGGUUUUCAUCCCAACCCACAAACUCCCAUUUUUGUAACAUAUGAAGAUUCAUUAAAGCAUCCAGAGUCUUACAGCGGGAGCAGCAGAGGGAUGUACAUCUGA